AUGGUAAAGGAACUUCGAGAAAAGCUAUCUGAGUAUAUUGGAUUUAAGCCCGAACAAAUUCGAAUGCCGAUUACCGCUGAAGACCAAGAUCUGUUACGGAAAUUAAUCGCUCAGCAGGAGCAAAUAACAGAUAUCGUAAUAGGUGAACAUCAAGACCUACUUCGCUAUAGACGUAAUUCGAAAGCCUUGGAACUAGCACCCUCAUCUCAUAAGAUCGCCAAAAAGGUCUCGAAAAAGAUUCGAGAGCAUCCCAUUGGCGCCAAUUAUUUUAGCCUAUGUAUAAACAUGUUGAUAAAGCCAUUUAUCCCACAGUCGUCAAUAUAUGCGAGAAUUCGAUUUAAUUUUUUGGUGUUGUGUAUCAGGCUGUGUUACUUGGUGCUCAGCAAUUAUGAAUCGUUUCUCCGAACAGGUGAGCUGUAA